CUCACGGCUCCCACUGCUACAAGAAGAUGACGACAACCAACGGUUGGCUGGGGGCUCGUUACGACUGCCUCUUGGACCGCGCCGACCUGGUCUCCAUCACCACCGAGGACGAAGAAAUCUUUGUGAAGGAGCAAAUGGGCGACAAGCCGUUCUGGAUCGGACUCUCCAAUCUGAAAUGCAAUGCGGACUGGUGUGACUUUUCGGGAGAAGAGAAGCUGACUUGGUCCGACACCGCUGUGACGCCGACCUACGCCAACUGGGACUCGCGUCAAAAGGGAAGCGCCAACGAUGAGUCCUGCGCCUACGUCAACCAAGGUGUGGACGACCACAGUCAGCCUGGAAAGUGGAGACAUGGAUCGUGCCGAUCCUCCUUGGCAUACAUGUGCAAGCGGUCGCCGAAUGACUGCCCGGACGGAUGGCCGUGUUCCUUCAAAGACUUCGGUUACAGUAACAGUCGAGUUGAGAGUGAGUGGCAGCGACCCGUCUUUCUACACUCGCACUGUCUCCUUGUGCUUUUCUAA